AGCAGCCGGGAGGAGGGCUGGUUAAAAAAAAAAAAAACGCACACCGGUCCCUUGAACAGCAUUUGGUGUCACACAGCAGCCUGGACAUGGAGGACAAAGCCAGACUGAGGAGGCGUGAGGGAGGGAUGUUGCUUUAAUUGACUGGCUGCACAACCACAUGCAUGGACCCGAGCGGGAAGCGUCGGUUGAAUUUAUUUGGCUAAAAGUAUCCACACACUCCUACUUCCUGCUGCACCCCUCCUUUGUUUUGGGGGGGUUUAAUCCAUGGACCUGUGGGACUGCUGCCAGUCAGUGGACUGAGGCGAAAAUGGAAUGCUCCUCAUCCAUCAUCUUUUUUCCAAUUCCACAUGCAUGUGUAGCUGUGCUGUGGUGAGAAGAAGAGAAGACAGUGGAGGUGCAGAUGUGUGGAGGCCAUGAGCGGAAUACUGAAGAGGAAAUUCGAGGAGGUGGAAGCCUCCUCCUCCCCGUGCUCUUCCUUAAGGGAGUCUGAUGAUGAGGUGUCCUGCAGUGAGAGCGGGAAUAGCAGCGACAGCGUCAACCCGUCUGCUUCUGGCCCUUUCACCCCUGGCUCCAUCCUGAAGAGGGAAAAGCGUCUUUGUACUAGGAGGGUGCACUUCGAGAAAGUGACGGUGUACUACUUCAGCCGGCGCCAGGGCUUCACUAGCGUGCCCAGUCAGGGCGGCAGCACGCUGGGAAUGUCCAACCGACACAGCUGGGUCAAACAGUUCUCCCUCGGGGAGUUUGCCACGGAGCAGGAGAGGCUCCAUAGAGGCAUGCUGAGAGAGCACCUGAAGGAGGAGAAACUCAACUCCAUCAAAGUCAAGUUGACCAAGAACGGCACAGUUGAAUCCGAAGAGGCCAACACUCUCACCGCCGAGGACAUUUCCGAUGACGACAUCGACCUGGACAACACGGAAGUGGACGAAUACUUCUUCCUGCAGCCGCUCACAACUAAAAAGAGGCGGGCUCUGCUGCGCAGCUCGGGCGUGAAGAAGAUUGACGUGGAAGAAAAGCAUGAACUUCGGGCCAUCAGAAUGUCCCGGGAGGACUGUGGCUGUGAUUGCAGGAUCUUCUGUGAACCUGAGACCUGUGCCUGCAGCAACGCAGGAAUCAAGUGCCAGGUGGACCGCAUGUCCUUCCCGUGCGGCUGCACCAAGGACGGCUGCAGCAACUCCAGCGGCAGGGUGGAGUUCAACCCCAUCCGAGUGCGGACACACUUCCUGCACACCAUCAUGAAGCUGCAGCUGGACAAGAGUCGUGAGCAGGAGCAGGCUUCCCCCGCCAACGGUUACCACGGCAACGACCCUCUGGAGCAGUCUCAGCACAGGUUGGACUUCGCUUUGCCCAACGCCGUCGCUCAGAGCGCCGGCGAGAUGGAGGAGCCGCUGGAGGAUGAGGAUGAGGAGGAUGAGGAUGAUGAUGAGGAUGAGGAUGAUGAGGAGGAGGAAGAGGAGGAAGAGGAGGAGGACAGCAGCAGCGUUUUCAGCUGCAUUUCUGAUUCCAGCACUCACAGUUUAGCCAACAGCGACUCAGAGGAGGAGGAGGAUGAUGAAGAGGAGGAGAGGUCAGACUCGGGUCACAGCGAGGUGGUGCCCUUGACCCCUCUGCUGGGUUACGGCAGCACUUACCUAACAAACUCUUCCCCAGGUGACUACUAUCAGCUGGGGGCUUCUAGCCCCGCCCCUAACGGCCAACCAGCCGAAGCCCGCAUGACCUCAUUCCAAGAGCCAAUCAGCCCAGGUGUGUUUUCCAAUCAGCCCGUUGAUCAAUACCCUCAAGUCUCCACCUGUGUCACACCCCAGCAGGACCAGCUGUCCAGAGUGGACUUCAUGAACCCGCUAGAGAACCAGACACAGUUUCACAACUUCUUCAACAACAACACACAGCCGCGCAACAUGAACACACAUGAGCCGACACAGUUACACAACAUGAACACACAUGAGUCGACACAGCCGCACAACAUGAACACACAUGAGCCGACACAGCAGCACAACAUGAACACUCAUGAGCCGACACAGUUACACACCAUGAACACACAUGAGCCGACACAGUUACACAACAUGAACAUACAUGAGCCGACACAGUUACACAACACAAACACACAUGAGCCGACACAGCCGCACAACAUGAACACACACGAGCCGACACAGCCGCACAACAUGAACACACAUGAGCCGACACAGGUACACAACAUGAACACACAUGAGCUGACACAGUUACACAAGAUGAACACACAUGAGCCGACACAGCCGCACAACAUGAACACACAUGAGCCGACACAGUUACAGAACAUGAACACACAUGAGCCGACACAGCCGCACAACAUGAACACACAUGAGCCGACACAGUUACACAACAUGAACACACAUGAGCCGACACAGCCGCACAACAUGAACACACAUGAGCCGACACAGUUACACAACAUGAACACACAUGAGCCGACACAGCCGCACAACAUGAACACACAUGAGUUGACACAGCAGCACAACAUCAACACUCAUGAGCCGGCACAGUUACACAACAUGAACAUACAUGAGCCGACACAGACGCACAACAUGAACACACAUGAGCCGACACAGCCGCACAACAUGAACACACAUGAGCUGACACAGCCGCACAACAUCAACACACAUGAGCCGACACAGCCACACAACAUCAACACACAUGAGCCGACACAGCCGCACAACAUGAACACACAUGAGCCGACACAGUUACACAACAUGAACACACAUGAGCCGACACAAUUACACAACAUGAACACACAUGAGCCGACACAGUUACACAACAUCAACACACAUGAGCCGACACAGUUACACAACGUGAACACACAUGAGCCGACACAGUCGCACAACAUGAACACACAUGAGCCGACACAGUUACACAACAUGAACACACAUGAGCCGACACAAUUACACAACAUCAACACACAUGAGCCGACACAGUUACACAACAUCAACACACAUGAGCCGCCACAGUUACACAACAUGAACACACAUGAGCCGACACAGCCGCACAACAUGAACACACAUGAGCCGACACAGUUACACAACAUGAACACACAUGAGCUGACACAGCCGCACAACAUGAACACACAUGAGCCGACACAGUUACAGAACAUGAACACACAUAAACCGACACAGCCGCACAACAUGAACACACAUGAGCCGACACAGUUACAGAACAUGAACACACAUGAGCCGACACAGCCGCACAACAUGAACACACAUGAGCCGACACAGUUACACAACAUGAACACACAUGAGCCGACACAGCCGCACAACAUGAACACACAUGAGCCGACACAGUUACACAACAUCAACACACAUGAGCCGACACAGCCGCACAACAUGAACACACAUGAACCGACACAGCCGCACAACAUGAACACACAUGAGCCGACACAGUUACACGACAUCAACACACAUGAGCCGACACAGUUACACAACACGAACACACAUGAGCCGACAAAAUUACACAUGAACACACACGAGCCGACAAAAUUACACAUGAACACACAUGAGCCGACACAGCCGCACAACAUCAACACACAUGAGCCGACACAGCCGCACAACAUGAACACACAUGAACCGACACAGCCGCACAACAUGAACACACAUGAGCCGACACAGUUACACGACAUCAACACACAUGAGCCGACACAGUUACACAACACGAACACACAUGAGCCUACACAGUUACACAACAUGAACACACAUGAGCUGACACAGUUACACAACACGAACACACAUGAGCCUACACAGUUACACAACAUGAACACACAUGAGCCGACACAGUUACACAACAUGAACACACAUGAGCCGACACAGUUACACAACACGAACACACAUGAGCCGACACAGUUACACAACAUGAACACACAUGAGCCGACACAGUUACACAACAUGAACACACAUGAGCCGACACAGUUACACAACAUGAACACACAUCCUGACCUGAACUUACUAGCAAGCAGUACCAAGAAGUUGCCUCUACCGGCCGUGUAAAAGACAACAUUCUCUGCUCUAAGGAUCAAGUUGUGUUCUUUUUAAGGAGGCCCAUUCAUGGCCUUUUACGUUCGAUUCCCAAGUGUUUUCAUCAGCGACAUCCCGGAUUUAAUCCCCACUGCAACUUUGAGGACAUCACGCCGUGCGAUGGCUCUUAUAUUCCAGCAGAUAUCUUCUUUUCUAUGUUUGUGUGAAACGUGAUUACCGUCGCUUGGUUUGCAAUUGCUUAGGAAUGAAAUGUAAACGUAAUCUUAUCUUGUACACGAUGAAGCGCAUGCCCUUUUUUGUGUGACUGGCAGGGGAACAAAUGCUGUCUGACGGAAGACAACAUGGAGUCCAUAUACAAACCCCGUUUCCAUAUGAGUUGGGAAAUUGUGUUAGAUGUAAAUAUAAACGGAAUACAAUGAGUUGCAAAUCAUUUCCAACCCAUUGAAUAUGCUACAAAGACAACAUAUUUGAUGGUCAAACUGAUAAACUUUUUUUUUUUGCAAAUAAUCAUUAACUUUAGAAUUUGAUGCCAGCAACACGUGACAAAGAAGUUGGGAAAGGUGGCAAUAAAUACUGAUAAAGUUGAGGAAUGCUCAUCAAACACUUAUUUGGAACAUCCCACAGGUGAACAGGCAAAUUGGGAACAGGUGGGUGCCAUGAUUGGGUAUAAAAGUAGAUUCCAUGAAAUGCUCAGUCAUUCACAAACAAGGAUGGGGCGAGGGUCACCACUUUGUCAACAAAUGCGUGAGCAAAUUGUUGAACAGUUUAAGAAAAACCUUUUCUCAACCAGCUAUUGCAAGGAAUUUAGGGAUUUCACCAUCUACGGUCCGUAAUAUCAUCAAAGGGUUCAGAGAAUCUGGAGAAAUCACUGCACGUAAGCAGCUAAGCCCGUGACCUUCGAUCCCUCAGGCUGUACUGCAUCAACAAGCGACAUCAGUGUGUAAAGGAUAUCACCACAUGGGCUCAGGAACACUUCAGAAACCCACUGUCAGUAACUACAGUUGGUCGCUACAUCUGUAAGUGCAAGUUAAAACUCUCCUAUGCAAGGCGAAAACCGUUUAUCAACAACACCCAGAAACGCCGUCGGCUUCGCUGGGCCUGAGCUCAUCUAAGAUGGACUGAUACAAAGUGGAAAAGCGUUCUGUGGUCUGACGAGUCCACAUUUCAAAUUGUUUUUGGUAACUGUGGACGUGGUGUCCUCUGGACCAAAGAGGAAAAGAACCAUCCGGAUUGCUAUAGGCGCAAAGUUGAAAAGCCAGCAUCUGUGAUGGUAUGGGGGUGUAUUAGUGCCCAGGACAUGGGUAACUUACACAUCUGUGAAGGCGCCAUUAAAGGGGAACAUUAUCACCAGACCUAUGUAAGCGUCAAAAUAUACCUUGAUGUUGCAGAAAAAAGACCAUAUAUUUUAUCAACCGAUUUCCGAACUCUAAAUGGGUGAAUUUUGGCGAAUUAAACGCCUUUCUAUUAUUCGCUCUCGGAGCGAUGACGUCACAACGUGACGUCACAUCGGGAAGCAAUCCGCCAUUUUCUCAAACACAUUACAAACACCGAGUCCAAUCAGCUCUGUUAUUUUCCGUUUUUUCGACUGUUUUCCGUACCUUUGAGACAUCAUGCCUUGUCGGUGUGUUGUCGGAGGGUGUAACAACACGAACAGGGACGGAUUCAAGUUGCACCAGUGGCCCAAAGAUGCGAAAGUGGCAAGAAAUUGGACUUUGUUCCGCAUACUUUACCGACGAAAGCUAUGCUAUGACAGAGAUGGCAAGAAUGUGUGGAUAUCCUGCGACACUCAAAGCAGAUGCAUUUCAAACGAUAAAGUCAAAUAAAUCCCCAGGAAAGACCCCCAGGAAAAGAAAGCGGAUGAGGGUAUGUCUACAGAAUAUAUUAAUUGAUGAAAACUGGGCUGUCUGCACUCUCAAAGUGCAUGUUGUUGCCAAAUGUAUUUCAUAUGCUCUAAACCUAGUUCAGUUGUUAGUUUCCUUUAAUGCCAAACAAACACAUACCAAUCGUUGAUUAGAAGGCGAUCGCCGAAUUCGUCCUCGCUUUCUCCCGUGUCGCUGGCUGUCGUGUCGUUUUCGUCGGUUUCGCUUGCAUACGGUUCAAACCGAUAUGGCUCAAUAGCUUCAGUUUCUUCUUCAAUUUCGUUUUCGCUACCUGCCUCCACACUACAACCAUCCGUUUCAAUACAUGCGUAAUCUGUUGAAUCGCUUAAGCCGCUGAAAUCCGAGUCUGAAUCCGAGCUAAUGUCGCUAUAAUUUGCUGUUCUAUCCGCCAUGUUUGUUUGUAUCGACGUCGCUAUGUGACGUCGCAGGAAAAUGGACGGGUGUAUAUAACGAUGGUUAAAAUCAGGCACUUUGAAGCUUUUUUUAGGGCUAUUGCGUGAUGGGUAAAAUUUUGAAAAAAACUUCGAAAAAUAAAAUAAGCCACUGGGAACUGAUUUUUAAUGGUUUUAACCCUUCUGAAAUUGUGAUAAUGUUCCCCUUUAAUGCUGAAAGGUACAUACAGGUUUUGGAGCAACAUAUGUUGCCAUACAAGCAACGUUACCAUGGACGCCCCUGCUUAUUUCAACAAGACAAUGCCAAGCCACGUGUUACAUCAACAUGGAUUCAUAGUAAAAGAGUGCGGGUACUACACUGGCCUGGCUGUAGUCCAGACCUGUCCCCCAUUGAAAAUAUGUGGCGCAUUAUGAAGCCUAAAAUACGACAGCGGAGACCCCGGACUGUUGAACGAUUGAAGCUGUACAUCAAGCAAGAAUAGGAAAGAAUUCCACUUUCAAAGCUUCAACAAUUAGUUUCCUCAGUUCUCAAUCGUUUAUUGAGUGUUGUUAAAAGGAAAGGCCAUGUAACACAGUGGUGAACAUGCCCUUUCUCAACUUCUUUGUCACGUGUUGCAGCCAUGAAAUUCUAAGUUAAUUAUUAUUUGCAAAAAAAAAAAAAAGUUUAUGAGUUUGAACAUCAAAUAUCUUGUCUUUGUAGUGCAUUCAAUUGAAUAUGGGUUGAAAAGGAUUUGCAAAUUAUUGUAUUCCGUUUAUAUUUACAUCUAACACAAUUUCCCAACUCAUAUGGAAACGAGGUUUGUACAUUGCGCUUGUUUUUGUUGACUGUUCUAUGCUUUUCUAUGGCUUGAAGAGCAUGACUUUGUACAUUGGGAGCAGAAAAGGUCAGAUUGAAGCCUUCAGUGGAGGCCAAGAGGCAUGCAGAUGUUGUUUAUCAAGACUUGAAUGGUAGAUAAGUGUUUUUUUUCAUUCAGGGAUAUUCAUUAAAUAGCACUUUGAAAUGUCUCCAAACGUUCAGAUCCAAAUUCCUACUGAACACACUAAGUAACAUCUAAGUGUGUAUCUAAAGUGAUGUGAUGAUGUGUUUGCUGAUUAUGGAUGUUUUCAGAUUGUAAUGCUCCAUCGGUGCAAUAAUUAUCCACUAAUUAUAUUUGCUGCGUAACGUUGCCCUUACAAAUUUCCACCGCUUGCAUCAAAAAGAUGACAAUCACAGCUUAGUAAAAGAGGAUUCUUAUCAAAUUAAUUAGUCGAUAUGAGCCAUUGGAAAUGGAAAAUGCACUUCUUAAAGUCACAAAAGAAAUGUCUUAAUAAUCACAAUCUUGCAGACAUGUUAUUGGAG